AUGGAUCUUGGCCCCGCCAACGGUGCCGCCACCAAGCCAAGCGACUCGCCUCCGCCAGCGCAGGUGAUGAUGGCGGGCAAGCAGCCGGAGGUGAAGCAGGAGGCGCUAGGGAGCAUAAAGGCGCCGCAGCCCGCCGCUCUAGACACCAUUCCCGCCAAAACAGAGAGUGAGGCUGGCCCGGGUGCUGCCAAGAGCCCCGCGCUACAAGAACACGACGAUAACGACGACGUAGUGGUGCAGUCGACGACCCCGAGUGCCACUCUCAAUGGCACCAUCAACGGGGACACCUCGGCGACCACCAGAGAGUCCCCGCAGAAGGACGCACCUGUGGGGACACUAAAGGAUAAGGACAAAACCGAUAAACCCGACGAAAAGGUAGACACUAGCAGUAAAAAAGAGGAACCAUCCCCGAGGGACGCCCAGAAACCCGAGGAGCAAGCUGCUGCCAAACCAGGGACACAGGACACCCAACCCGCCGUCUCAAUCAACAUUGAUGACCGGGAAACUAAUGGCGCCCAUUACCCCGGCGAGGACGACAGAGGAAGUGACCGAAGUGGCGACGUGGCGUCCGUAGACGGCUCCACUGAUGACAGAGGCGCGACGCCAUUACAGGACGGCACGGAACAAGGCAUCCCGAGGGAAGACUCGGCACAAUCAAGAGAGUCGCCGGCAGGAGUAGAGGCGCACGGGCCAGGUAAUGGGAAGGGCGCGGCAGGUAGUGGAGGUGGUGAUGGGGCAGGGAAGGGGGAGAGAGCUGAGGGUGAGGGAGAGGCACACAAGGACCGCCACGAGCAAGCGGUCAAGACCGCACAUCAAGGCGCUAAGGAAAAGGCGGAUCGUGAAGAAAAGGAAAAGGACGAUGGUAAGGAUGAAGAAACGCCUCGAGACAAAGCAGGUAAAGAAGACAAAGCAGGUAAAGAAGACAAAGGAGAGAAGGAAGAUAAAGCGGUUAAAGAAGCCCAAAUCGACAAAGAAGUCAAAGUGUGUAUGCCAGAGAGCAGUGUGGGAAAGGCAGAAGCCGCCGAAGACAAGAGUGAAGCAGCAGUGUGUCCUGCUGGUGACAAGGACGCCAAGGACAAGGACGCCAAGGACAAGGACGCCAAGGACAAGGACGCCAAGGACAAGGACGAAAUGGAGGAAAAGGGAAAAGAGGACGAGAAGGAGAAGGAGAGUAGUAAGGUUGGAGAAAAGGAGGAAGACACUAGUAAAGCCAAAGACAAGAGUAAAGUAGAAGGCAGGACUAAGGGAGAAGGUAGUAAAGAGGUUGGCACUAAAGCUGCUGCAGAUGUUUCUAAAGAGGAAGAUAAGACCAAAGAGGAAGCCACGGGUAAAGAAGACAUAACAGAAGUUGAAGAGGGAAAAGAGGCAGAAGAAAAGAGCAUCACUGAAGAUAAAGAGAAAGCGACACAAGAGACAACAGCGGAGGCCACAUGUAAAGAAGACAAAGUCAAGGAACAAAAGAGUAAAGUUGACGACAUUGCCAAAGAGGAAAAGAGUGAAGAGGUCAAAGCAGACGACAAAGUCAAAGCAGACGACAAAGUCAAAGCAGACGAUGAAGUCAAAGCUGACGAUAAAAUCAAAGCAGACGAGGUUACAACAGACGAGAAGGUCAAAGCAGACGAGGUCAAAGCAGACGAUAAGGUUAAAGCAGACGAUAAGGUUACAGCAGACGAAAAGGUCAAAGCAGAAGAUAAGGUUACAGUAGAUGAGGUCAAAGAAAAUAAGGUUACGACAGACAAGGUCAAAGAAGACGAUAAAGUAACAGCAGACGAAAAGGUCAAAGGAGACGAAAAGGUCAAAGCAGACGAUAAGGUUACAGCAGACGAAAAGGUCAAAGCAGACGAAAAGGUUACAGCAGACGAAAAGGUCAAAGCAGACGAAAAGGUCAAAGCAGAAGAUAAGGUUACAGCAGACGAAAAGGUCAAAACAGACGAAAAGGUCAAAGCAGACGAUAAGGUUACAGCAGACGAAAAGGUCAAAGCAGACGAAAAGGUCAAAGCAGACGAUAAGGUUUCAGCAGACGAAAAGGUCAAAGCAGACGAAAAGGUCAAAGCAGACGAUAAGGUUACAGCAGACGAAAAGGUCAAAGCAGACGAAAAGGUCAAAGCAGACGAUAAGGUUACAGCAGACGAAAACGUCAAAGCAGACGAAAAGGUCAAAGCAGACGAUAAGGUUACAGCAGACGAAAAGGUCAAGGCAGACGAAAAGGUCAAAGCAGACGAUAAGGUCACAGCAGACGAAAAGGUCAAAGCAGACGAAAAGGUCAAAGCAGACGAUAAGGUUACAGCAGACGAAAAGGUCAAAGCAGAAGAUAAGGUUACAGCAGACGAAAAGGUCAAAGCAGACGAAAAGGUCAAAGCAGACGAAAAGGUCAAAGCAGACGAUAAGGUUACAGCAGACGAAAAGGUCAAAGCAGACGAUAAAGUUACAGCAGACGAAAAGGUCAAAGCAGAAGAUAAGGUUACAGCAGACGAAAAGGUCAAAGCAGAAGAUAAGGUUACAGCAGACGAAAAGGUCAAAGCAGACGAUAAGGUUACAGCAGACGAAAAGGUCAAAGCAGACGAUAAGGUUACAGCAGACGAAAAGGUUACAGCAGACGAAAAGGUCAAAGCAGAAGAUAAGGUUACAGCAGACGAUAAGGUUACAGCAGACGAAAAGGUCAAAGCAGAAGAUAAGGUUACAACAGACGAAAAGGACAAAGCAGAAGACAAGGUUACAGCAGACGAAAAGGUCAAAGCAGACGAAAAGAUCAAGACAGAAGAUAAGGUUACAGCAGACGAUAAGGCAAAAGCAGACGAUAAGGUUACGGCCGACGAGGUCAAAGCAGAAGAUAAGGUUACGGCAGACGAGAAACUCAAAGCAGAAGAUAAGGUUAUGGCAGACGAGAAACUCAAAGCAGAAGAUAAAGCUACAGCAGAUAAGGUCAAAGCUGAGGAUAAGGUCAAGGGAGAGAAAGAGGUAACAUCUACUGAAGCAGCGCUGUCGGUAAAGGAGAGCGACUCAGAGAAGGACAGUGGGACAGACAAGGAGAGUGACAGAACGCAAGAGGAAGAGGCUGGGCAGGACACCGGUAAAGACGCUCUUCAAGAGGAUGAAAAGACAGUUAAAACAGACGAAGCUAAGGGCAAGGCGGAGGCACAAGAACUCAAGGAGAAAAUGUCGAUAGCAGCAGAAGACAAAGAUAAGGAGAGGGAGCAAACCCCAGUAAAGGAGGAAGCGGAGAAGUCAGAGGGUGAAGCAGCUAGUAAACAGAAGGUUGACGACACACUGGCGAAGGCAGGAGAACCACAGCAACCACAGGAACCACAGCAACCACACAAGGCCCAACAAGAAGCUAAGGAAAAAGUAGAAGAAUUACAGGAAGUUAAAGAGGAAGCUAAAGAAGAGAAAUUAGUUGAAAAAACUGAAGAACCAGUGAGUAAAGAAGCGGAAGAACCAACUAGAGAGAAAGAAGAAAGCAAAGAAGUAGUUGAGAUUACAGUUAAAGCGGUAAAGGAAGAAGCAGAAGAACCGGAGAAGCAUAAAGAAGAAGAAACAGCAGCGGAAGAACAAGGUGUGGAAGAACAGAGAGAAGAUGCAGCUGACAGGAAGGAAGAAGAGGAGGAAGCGGCAAAACAGGACGAAGAGGAGGCAGAUGUUGAAGCCGAAGUUGCUGAUGAGGAAGGUAAGGCGCCCGAGCACCAUGGUGGUGAAGACGAGGCACAAGAAGAGGAGUCUGCGGCACCCGCUCAUGACGGAGAGAAGGAAGAGGAAGAGAAGGGGGAGACUGAAGCUAAGGAAGAGGAAGAGAAGGGGGAGACUGAAGCUAAGGAAGAGCACCAGGGCGAAGACAAGGAAACGAAGAGGAUUGCGUCGUCCAAGAGACCUCGCAAAUCUGCCCGACGGAAACGUGCAGAGGAGGGACAUGACAGUGGCGUCGACGAGUCCACCCAGGCUAAGGAGAAUGGUCAGAGCAGAUCGCCCUCGAAGAGCUCCCGAGGCUCGCCCAAGAAAAGGCCCCCUCGCUCCUCCGACCCGUCCCCCUUGAAGCAGCGUCCGCCCCAGUCUGCCGCCUCCACUGACCGUAAAGUGCCCAUGAACAAGGUGGAGGUGGGCAAGACAGCCUCCCCCAACCUGAAGGCGGUCAAGUCGAAGAUCGGAAGCAUGGACAACGCCACCUACCGGCCCGGCGGCGGCAAGGUCAAGAUAGAGAGCAAGAAGCUGGACUUCUCCAAGGCUUCCAGCAAGAUCUCGGCCAAGAAUGUGGCUUACACUCCGGGUGGCGGAGAUAAGAAGCCGGAGAAGAUUGAGUCCCAAAAGCUGAAGUGGAAUGUUACCAGCAAGAUUGGCUCCUUGGAAAACAAGGAUCACAAGCCUGGAGGCGGUGACAAGAAGAUUGAGAGCCAGAAGCUUGUCUUUAAGGCUCAGCCUAAAGUUGGCUCCCGGGAGAAUAUCAAACACAAGCCUGGCGGUGGGGACAUACAGCGGAAGAGUGCAAAAUCAGAAGGAAAAAUUGAGAAAAAAAAGUUGGACUUCAAAGAAAAGGCUUCGAGUAAAGUAGGGUCACUAAAUAAUGUUCAGCAUAAGGCUGGAGGAGGUGAUAAGAAAAUAUUUGAUGACAAGGAUUACCUGAGACAAGUCCAGGGUUCCCCAUGUAAAACCCCAACUAGUAAGGCUUCUUCGGAGGCGAAUUUGUCACGAACUCAGAGUCCGAGCCCAGCACUGCUGUCCCCGGCCACACAGGAGGAAGAAGUUGAGAAAGCAGCCACCAGUGGAGACGUGACGCCUGCACAGUGAUCUUCCUGUGAAGACCUUGUGAACCAUAGUGGCCCGAGUCCCCUCCUUUAAGUCAGGGUUCACUUGCUGAUUUGAUAGUGAGAGGAAACUGCAGCAAUCAGCACAGUCAAAUUAUUAAAAAAGGAUAAGUGCUUUGUGGAGAUGCUUGUUCUUAAAUAUGCAGACUUAGUUACAUAUGCUGUUACUGUGAUUAUUGACUGAGUUUCUCUGUGGUGUAUAGAAUCCACAGAAGACGACUUGAUGACUGUGUACCAUCUGAUUUUUCUCAUAAAAUGCAGAUUGGAAGAUUAAUUCUAAGUGGAAAAGCUUGAUGAGAGGAUGUUUCUGUCCACUACAAUGUGUUUAUAUGCAUUCCAUGUCAGUCCAGAUAGAGUUAUGUUACUUCACCAUUGGGAUGCAUGUGAACGAGUUACACUGCAGCUGCUUUUGAUACAUGGUAAACCUAAUAAAUAGUUAAUGUACAUAGAUAACAAAUUUAUCAUCUUUGCUUUUUACUUCUAGACAUUUAUGUAAAGUUUUUGUUUAAUUUGAAGAGCAUUUAUAAGCCAGCUUCAAUACUCACUGUUGAUGAUACAGUUCGUGUAGCAGAAUGCACACUUGACUACUUCCCUGAGAACCUAGCUUAAUACAGUAGUAUUUUGGUCAUAUUGCAAUUUCAAAUUAGUGUCAGAAAAAGCAAUAAUCCAUAAAAGAUAUACUGAAGGGAAAAUGUUAUUGUUCGUGAAGCAGUGUACAAUGUUGGGCAGAUUACACCCACUUUGUAAAGGCCAGACUCUGAAUUACAUAAGUUUUUUGAAGUGUUAAUACCUUGGCUAUUCGUUUGUAGCAUGCCUAUCAAACUUGUACUAUAGACAGCUAAACUGGCCCUGAUGUACAUUUAUUGAAUUAACGUUUAUUUAUCUAUAAAAUGGCUUCUAAUGUUGCAAGUGGACAUACUAACCAAAGGUUCUUAUUCUAGGUUUUGUUACUUUUCAGAUUAGCAAUGUCAUGUACAUUUAGGGUACUUGUGAACAUAGUUUUAGUCUUCAACUAUUCCUUGAAUCUUCCAUACACAAAUCAAAUGCUUGAAUGUGUUGGUGUACACAGGCGAGUUUCAUGAGACUGCUUCAUUCCUGCACAACACUCCACUUGUGUCCAUAUUACCAAGGAACCUCUCCAAUAGUGACAUUUACAAACGCUGUGCCUGGUUGCACUUGACACCUGACCUGCUAUUGGCAACAUGCAGUAAAAAUAAAAAUUCACUUGUAAACUCUUUCACUUGCGUUCCAUUCUUUCGUGGAAAAUGUCGAGCAUGAUAGUUUUUUAAUAUCAAUUUUAAUGUGUAUAUUAUAUUAUAUUAUAUUAUAUUAUAUUAUAUUAUAUUAUAUUAUAUUAUAUUAUAUUAUAUUAUAUGUAUAUAAUAUAUAUAUAUAAUAUAUAUAGCUUUUUUUUAGAAUGGUUGAAAGAUAUGGAAUGAAGAUUCCCUGGAACCAAGUUCUUUCAGUACCUGUAUGACUUGUGGCACCUUAGUCAAGGUACAUUCUGUGAUGUAAACAGCUGAGAUAGCAUGGACUUGAAUUUUUAAUUGCUUACUUAUAUUUUAGAGAUGAAUGUAGAAAUAAUAACCCUUAUCGAAAGUAAUAUAAAGCCAAAGAGGUUUAGGACACGGAAGUUAUAAAGAAAUGGUACCAUGGAUGUAGUCACCGAGGUAUCAUUUUUGAAACUUUGUGUGAGGAUCAACCCAACAGCUGUGGCAUUUAUAUGUUGCUUUAUCUCAGACAUAGAAAUGCUGUCUUGACAGUUCUGAUGUAGGAAUAUACUACCCAAUAUUUAAUUUGACCUCAUGUAAUGCUUUAGGGUUGAGUUGUAUGGAGCUGCUGAACCUUCCCUUCACUGUGUUUUGCAUCAGACUUCAAGUAUUCUGUGUCAUUAUAAAGAAAGAAAUAAAAA